GGGGGCGGCCGGAGAGGCCGGGGCCAGGGUCCCCAGCCUGGGCCUGUGGCGGCCUUUUCACGGCCCUGGCAGGGUCCCCGGGGCCGGAGCGAGCAUUCUGGAGGUUUCUGCGUCGGGCUUGGUAGGAGACCCAGGCCCCGAGGCGGGACGGGGGAUGGGCCUCCAGGGCCUCCAGUUGUUCAGCAACGCAGUUCUGUCAGCCCUCCCCAGUUCUGCUAGCGCCCCAAAUUCUCUCAGCGCCCUGCCCUCCCAUCCCCGCCCGCCACUGCCUCCUCCAAUCCUGUCCUUGUCUCCAGAACUUCCAGACACUCUCGGGCUCGUCAAAGCCCCGAAUUCUGCCAGUGCCCCUCAGACCUCUCAGGGCCUCACAGGCCUUCCAGGACCCCUUAAUCCUUUCAGGGCACCCCCAGUCCUUCCGGACUCCCCAGCCAUGUCAGUUCCUGGUCUGCCCGCGCUCCCCAAUCCUGCCACGGUGCUCUCACACCCUGCAAAGCACCCCGGGUCUUCCUCAUUUGGGCAGUACCCCUAUUCCUGUUGCCCCCCACCCCCCACCGCCUAGUUAAGCCAGGGAUCGCUGAUUCUCAAUCUUAUUAGUGAAUCUCUAUCUUGCAAGAGUCCCUGAACCGAUCAGCACCCCUUAACCUGUGAAGGCUUCCAGUCCUGGUAUGGUCUCCCAUUCCUGCUAGGAACCCCAAUAGUAUGGGUCCCCCAAUCGUGUCAGGGUCCCUAUUUCCCUUCUCUUACUCAUCCUCCCACAGGCUCCAGGCUUGAGAGCUGAGCGCUGCACCCCCAUUCCUGACCCUAAAUGACUGAGACCUGCCGCUCAUCUCAGCUUCCUUCCUCUGGAACUGGAGCAGGUUUAGGGAGCUCCCAGGGCUGGGAGCCCUCAGCGGCCGUCCUGUCCAGUGCCCCCAUUCUGCAGGUGGCAAACAGGCCCCGAGUCGGCUUUGCCUACAGCUGACCUCACAGUAGAGCUGGGGGAGAAGACAGGUCUUUUUACUCCCAGACCCCACUACUCUCCUCGGGUUGUCAUUUUGCAGGGGAAUGGGGUUUCCGGAGUCACCAUGUGCUGGGGUUUUUGUCCAUACCCUGCGGAGGACCUGGGCAAGCCCCCGCUCCCAUCCCUUCGACGCUCUGUCCUUCAGGUUCCCGCACGAGGUUUGUGGUUUCCAGCACAGACCCGGCAGCCCUACGGGUGUGCGCUCAGAUCCCCGCGGCCUCUCUCACUUUGACGGAGUUGGCUCGUCUCUUGGUUUCCUCAUCCGUGAAAAUGGAGAUGAUAAUAAAAUCUACCUCUGUGGGAUUGUUCUGAGGAUGGGAUAAGAUCAUCACAGUGCCUGGCAUAGAGUAUGCACCCCUAAAUAUUGGUGUUUGGUUAGGGGCGCCUGGGUGGCUCAGUCGGUUGAGCGGCCGACUUCGGCUGUGGUCAUGAUCUCACCGUUCCUGGGUUCGAGCCCCCUGUCGGGCUCUGUGCUGACAGCUCAGAGCCCGGAACCUGCUUCGGAUUCUGUGUCUGUCUCUCUCUCUGCCCUCCUCUGCUCAUGCUCAGUCUCUCUCACAAAAAUCAAUAAACAUUUAAAAAAACUUUUUUUAUGCUUUCAGUGAUGGUUCUUUUUAACCUUUCAGGGCAGUUUCGUUAACGCACCUGUUGUGUGGAAGUCAGCACAGUAGUGCGUGAAGAAAUUCAAGAAUAGCUUUCACAAAUGAAAUUGAGAUUAUAAUACUUAAUAAUUGUAGCAGCUAACAUUUAUUAAGCCCUCUGGUUUUUUUUUUUUAAUAUUUCCUUACUUUGAGAGAGAGCACGUGAGCGUGGGAGGCGCAGAAGGUGAGAGAAUCACAAGCAGGCUCCACGCUCAGCACGGAGUCCCGACACGGGGCUCGAUCUCACAACCGUGAGAUCACGACCUGAGCUGCUCUCAAGAGUUGGAUGCUUAACUGACUGAGGCACCCAGGCUCCCCGAGCCCUUACUUUGCAUCCUGUGCAUUAGUGCUUGUUUGAUUCUGAGAAUUCCAUGAGCUGGAUCUCGUGAUUGUGCCCAUUGCACAGGUAACAGAACCGAGGCUGCGAAAGUGGAAUGACGCCCUGAGGAAUAGAAAAACCAGAAUUGAGCCAGAUUAAUGCACCUGUCCUUUCCUAACCCAGCUCUGUGCAUGUUCUAUGGACUCUGUCUUAGGAGAACAAAGAUUGAUUUGGAAUUCCGUUAUCAGUUAUGUAUCGUAUUAGUUGUGACCUUAGGGAGGUGUUGGUUGUUGGAGACAGAGUUACUCAUAUCACUAGUGACUCCUCAUCGAGUUAAUGUUGACUGAGCUGAGCUCAAAACAAUGUUCACGGGAGCCAAAUAUUGGCAUAAGAAUAUAUUACACACACAUAUAUACACAUAUCUAACACAUAUAUACCAGUAUAUGUUGUAUGUAUGUGUAUACACACACACACACACACACACACACACACACAGUUUGUCUUAUUUGGUGGAAAUACAUAACUUUGCAUAAAAACGGUGUUUUAAAUUGCUGAAAUGUCUUCGUUUGUAGUAAAAUAACUUCAGUGUUUAAGCCAAGCCUCAAAUUAAGAAAUUUUUAAUUUAGUAAAUGUUUAGUAGAUCGGUUAUGCUAUAUAUAGUAUGCCCCUUCCCUAUUUAGUAUUUCUUUUAUGUUGUCUCCAGUAUCCAGUCAUUCAGUAAAUAUUAUUAGGAACCUGUUAGUUGCCAGGCAUGAUCUAGAGACUUGGGAUAUGCCAGUGAGUAAAAGAGACAAAGAUCUCUGCCCACGGGGACUUGCAUUCCAGGGGGGGAGACAGACAAUAGCCCUAGUUAAUAAGUGAAUGUUACAUUAGAAGGUGGUAAAAAGAAAAAGCAGAACUGGGUAAAAGGAGCCAGGAGUACAGGUUCUAAUUGUUGGUUAGAAGUGAAGGGGAGGGGGCGCCUGGGUGGCUCAGUUGGCUAAGUGUCCCACUUUGGCCCAGAUGACAUGAUCUCAUGGCUCUUGAGUUCGAGCCCCACAUCAUGAUCUCACGGCUCCACAUGAGCCCGGUGUCAGGCUCUGUGCUGACAGCUCAGAGCCUAGAGCCUGUUUCGGAUUCUGUCUCCCUCUCUCUCUGCCCCUUCCCCGCUUGCACCCUGUGUCUCUCAAAAAUAAAUAAACAUUAAAAAAAAUGAAAAAAAAAAAAAAGAGAUGAAGGGGAGGUAAGAGAGAGCCAUGCAGUGAUCCAGCAGGGGGGAGCAUUCUAGGCAGAGGGAGGAGCAGUGCAAAGGUCCUGAGGUGGCCGGUGUGAUAGCAGCGUGGGAGGCAGAGUAAGGGGAGAACCUUGGCAUGCCCCCUGAGGGAGAUGGGGCUUCUGUGCUCUGACUUCGGUUUUAAAUCCUGACGUCUGAACGUGCUGAUUUUCAAGACAUAAUCCUAACAGUAUCAUUACUUCAACUUGAAAGUGAGGUGUUUGGUGGGCCAUUGGGUUAUUUUGAUGAAAUGUUAUUUCUGUGCACCUGUGUCUAUAGUCAUACGUAUUGUGUCCAUGAUGAGGGAAGAGUGUAAGCCUAUUUUCUUUUUUAGAUAUAAAGUCAUGAAGAACUGGGGUGUUAUAGGGGGACUUGCUGCUGCCCUUGCCGCAGGGAUCUAUGUGAUUUGGGGUCCCAUUACAGAAAGAAAGAAGCGUAGAAAAGUCUCGAGUUUGAGACGUGCUCCGUAAUGAAAAAGUUCACGUGGCUGUUCUCCUUAACAUGGUACUCGUGUUGUUCAGUGCCACAACUGACUCAUUGUGUGACGCGUUUGUGGGUUCACUGACCAGCAGCUAGUCACGAGUAAACGUUUCAAGUUAGUGUCUUUAAUACAAAAUUCUCUUUCCUUAAAAAAGUACCCCCUCUUGUAAAUGCUGCUCUCACUGUGUUGAUUAAAAGUCAGCAACAACAAGCAAACCAAAAAGGGGAUAGGUGGAACAAAAUGUUGAUCGUUGUUAAAUCUGGGGGUGGUUCCAAUUAGAGUCCGUUACGUAUCCUCUCUUCUUUUGUGCACAAAAGUUUGAGAACUUUGCAUUAAAGAAAAGUUUCUUAAAAAGGUUUCAGCAGAAGAGGGAAGUACGUCAGGUUUUGUUGAUCUCUUUGCAGAAAGACUGAUCACAGUUGCUAUGGUGGCGUCUUUCGAACUGAUUCUAAGAACAAGAUCAUUGUCCUGGGGAGCAACAAAAGAACAAUUGUUUUCUUCUGUUCUGAGAAACGUUGCUUUCUUAUCAAAGGAGGGAGAAAAGGGGCGAAAGAGAGAGAUGUUGUUACUAAGUGUUUUUGUACACUCAGCGUAAACCAAACUGUGCCAGACACCGUGGCGGCCUUCAGAUGUAACACGUGACGGGGGACCUCCUUCUGUCGCUUACAGUCUCCUGAAGGAGCCACACUAGGACCGGGCCUCGGCGCGGAUCGAAUGCCUGGCCCCCGAUGUCAGUGGGCACGGACUUUGUGAGAUUGGGAUUUUAAACUCCAGGCCACAGUGCAGAAACUCUGGCUCCCAAAUGGGAGAGAAAAAAAGAGACGGUCCCAUGUGAUGUGCUGUUGUCUUCUUCCCCCGACUUUUUCAGGGCUGGUGCCCGGGCUGGUCAACUUAGGGAACACCUGCUUCAUGAACUCCCUGCUGCAAGGCUUGUCUGCCUGCCCCGCUUUCAUCAAGUGGCUGGAAGAGUUUACCACCCAGUACACCAGGGAUCAGAAGGAGCCCCCCCCACACCAGUAUUUAUCCUUAACCUUGUUGCACCUCCUCAAAGCUUUGUCCUGCCAAGAAGUUACUGACGAUGAGGUCUUAGAUGCGAGCUGCUUGUUGGAUGUCUUAAGAAUGUACAGAUGGCAGAUCUCUUCAUUUGAAGAACAGGAUGCCCACGAGUUAUUCCACGUCAUUACCUCGUCCUUGGAAGAUGAGCGGGACCGGCAGCCCCGGGUCACACAUUUGUUUGAUGUGCACUCCCUGGAGCAGCAGCCAGAGAUAACUCCUAAACAAAUAACCUGCCGUACGAGAGGGUCACCUCACCCCACGUCCAAUCACUGGAAAUCCCAGCAUCCCUUCCAUGGAAGACUUACGAGCAACAUGGUCUGCAAACACUGUGAGCACCAGAGUCCCGUUCGAUUCGAUACCUUCGAUAGCCUUUCACUGAGUAUUCCAGCUGCCACAUGGGGGCAUCCACUGACCCUGGACCACUGCCUUCACCACUUUAUCUCAUCAGAAUCAGUGCGGGACGUCGUAUGUGACAACUGUACGCAGAUUGAAGCCAAAGGGACGUUGGAUGGGGAGAAGGUGGAACACCAGAGGACCACCUUUGUCAAGCAGCUGAAACUAGGGAAGCUCCCUCAGUGUCUGUGCAUCCACCUGCAGCGGCUGAGCUGGUCCAGCCACGGCACGCCCCUGAAGCGCCAUGAGCACGUGCAGUUCAAUGAGUUCCUGAUGAUGGACAUCUACAAGUACCACCUCCUGGGGCACAGACCCGGGCAGCACAGCCCUAAGCCCGGCGAGAGCGCGGGGCCCUCACUCGACCUGCAGGACGGGCCGGCCGCCCCCAGAUCAGUUUUGAAUCAGCCAGGGGGUCCGAAAACACAAAUUUUUAUGAAUGGCGCCUGCUCCCCAUCUUUAUUGCCUACCCUGCCAGCCCCAAUGCCCUUCCCCCUCCCAGUUGUUCCUGACUACAGUUCCUCCACGUACCUCUUCCGGCUGAUGGCGGUUGUCGUCCACCAUGGAGACAUGCACUCAGGACACUUCGUGACUUACCGACGGUCCCCACCUUCGGCCAAGAACCCUCUCUCCACCAGCAACCAGUGGCUGUGGAUCUCCGAUGACACCGUCCGCAAGGCGAGCCUGCAGGAGGUGCUGUCCUCCAGCGCUUACCUGCUGUUUUACGAGCGCGUCCUUUCCAAGAUGCAGCACCAGGGCCGGGAGUACAGGUCGGAGGAGUGACCACCCCGGCUCCGGAGCUAGAGCCGUGGCACUGUCCACACGGGCCGGGAACAAGGCAAAAUCAGACUGUGUGUGUGCACGCAAGAGGCCCCACUAGAGUCCUCAGCCUUCUGGUGUGUUCUAAGAGCAGGCUCCGUGCAGGAGCCAGUGGCCCCAGUUCAAACCGGAUCAGGCUCCCUGAAUGGUGCGCACCGGACGGUGUCCUUGUGCUGGGACAGCAUUCGUUCUGUCUAGAACGUCUUUUUACUCACCUGCUAAUUAAAAGAAAUCCAACUCUGGAAGCCACCUUUUUUAUAUUCGGCCACAUUAGGUGUUCUCAGAGGGGAGGUAGCUUUGUCUAAUCCUCCAAUUGGUUUCAGCCCCGAUCUUUUAUUUUUAAUAAGCAGGCCCAUGAAAAUCGUUCACGAGAAUUGGUGAAAUUGUUAAAGGCAACAAUUUAGAAGAAAAAGUGCCUUUCCCUUUCGAUCGCUUUUGUAGCACGUCCAUUUGGGAAAAUAUACGUUGUCCAAGAGUCCUAUAAAGAACUUUUGGAAAGCUCUGUUCCUUCCAAGUUUCUCAACGGAUAGCAACAGGACAGUUACGAGACACCUCAAGAACACCCACCUCCUCUUUCUGUGGGUCUUUUUUAAUCUUUGGAUUCUUUAUAUGUAGUAAAAGCGCACCUGCCAGAUCUGCCCCCAGGGGAAAUUCUUUCACUGCUCUGUUAGUAGUGAACUCCCGGGUCGCUCUUAACUCUCUGCUUACCGUGCCAGAGACAGGAUGACGGUACGUCCUAAAACUGCGCGAAUAGCCGGGACGGGGCCGCCUCCGUGCUGGCAUCUGCGCCUCCUCUGCUCUGGACAAAGCUCCGCUCCGGACGGUGGUUCCUAACUCCGUGGCUCAUGCAGAGCUCCUGAGGUUUACAGGUGGAGCUGGGGGCUGUGUAAAAGGACAGUCCUAGCCUUGGUUUGAGAGCUGGGUUCAGAAGGAAGGGCACCGACCGUGGGGCCGCAGUCUUUCUUUCUGAGCCUCCGUUUCCUCAUUUGUAAAGUGAACAGUUAAGACUCAGUGAGCAUCAAAACCCCAGCCUUUCCCACAAAAAAAAGAGAAAGUUUUCAAUUUUUAAAAACGUAUCAUUACAGUUGAUCAUCUAGUAUUGUCAUUUCAUUACAGGUCCGUACUCUAAAUUUAUUGGUUUCUAGUAGCCUGAUACAAAGACUGUAUUGAGCACUCUCUUCCCUCUUUGGAUAAGUCUCAUGAAUGCCUCUCAGGACCACAGGAAGUUUGAGGACACACAGUAGUAUCUAUGUUUUAGCUAGUUUUAUUUAAACAAAAAAAAAAGAUACCAAACUCAAAUGGACUCCUCAGAGUUAAGAUUUGGAAUCAGAGCUGUCUAAAAGGUCCCCCGAGGUAAGGCUGAGGACCAUGCUCCUUCUGGUGGGGGCAGGCUGGCAGACACUUCUAGACGAUGCCUGGGUGUUGGCUAAAAGCGGAAGUGGCCCAGGUGAUCACCAUCCCGCCUGGCCCGGCACUCACCCCCGAGGACUCCAGACUCACUACCGAUUGAAAAUACUGUGAAGGUUCUCCAGGCCACGGGCAUCAGGGAGAGAGGAACAGUUCGAAGCAUCUGAGGCCUUCACUGCUGACGCCCCUUCCUGAUUCCGUGGCAGGCCCUGGCUUUGACGCUGAACCCAGUCCACCUAUUUUGCCUGGGUCUGGUGGAACAAACCCCCAGUUAUGUGACCUGACGCGGCGUUGCAAAGUCGCAGCUUUCAGUCACUGCUCUCCUGCCACCGCUUACUCUUUGAAGCCUGCCACUAAAGAGACUCGCUGGGCACGAAAGGGGAUGAUCCUCUGAACGUUUAGCUGUCAGCAGAUCUUUGGUCAGAGGCCAGGGUGGGAGCCAAGGUUGUAAAUGUGAAUGAUAAUCUGUGCAGUCUCUUAACCUGACUUAAAGCUGACUUCCUCAUUUCAUAAAUUAUUAGGCAUUGAGUAGCAGCCACAUCAUCUUAUUUCUGGCUUUAAGUUAUUUACAGAGUGGCUUCUCUUGGCAAAAAACCGAAGUUAAACUAG